CAUAACCUCUCAGAGCAGAUAUUUGUUUACAUUUGAUUGUAUUGAGUUAUUAUUAAAAUACGAUGAAUAAACUAUUUUAGUAAUAGUAAUAAAAGUAAAGAAACAUGAAUUGAAACUAUUAUAGUUUAAUUAAUUAUGUAUUUUAUAAAUUAGAAUUUUAAUAAAUACUGCCUUAAUCAUGAAAAAGGAAAAAACAGGGGAUAACAUUUGUGCUGGAGAAUGCAGACCUUAUAAAUUAGCCCAUCAAAUAGUCAGUUUAACAGGUAUAAGUUUUGAAAGGAAAAGUAUAAUAGGCUUUGUUGAGCUAACCGUAGUUCCUUUGAGGGACAACUUACGUAUUAUAAAACUAAAUGCCAAGCAGUGUCGUAUCUACAGGGUCAUUCUAAAUGAUCACUAUGAAGCACAUUUUCAGUAUUUCGAUCCAUUUUUAGAUGUUUGCCAGUCAGAUACGGAAACGAGAAGUCUGGAAGCAUUUUCUCAACAGCACCUCACAGCUGCGCUACGAGUGGAUCCAGAUAAUAAUUCUGGAGAACUAAUUGUGACCAUACCUCCAGAAGCAUCACAUCUGGUAGCAGAAGGAACAGCUUUACGAGUUGGAAUUGAGUUUUCUCUAGAAUGCCCGCAGGGAGGAAUACAUUUUGUGGUGCCACCCAAAGAGGGAACUUAUGCAGAGAGAGGAGUCCACUUAUUUACAUAUGGCCACCAAAAUUCAUCUCGAUUAUGGUUCCCAUGUGUAGACAGUUUUGCAGAAACCUGUACUUGGAAAUUGGAAUUCACGGUAGACGAAGAACUGACAGCUGUUUCUAACGGGGACCUCUUAGAAGUGGUCUACACUCCAGAUAUGAGAAGGAAAACCUACCACUACACACUAAACAUUCCUACUUGUGCACCUAAUAUAUCUUUAGCUGUAGGACCUUUUGAAAUUUUUGUAGAUCCAUACAUGCAUGAAGUCACUCAUUUUUGCCUUCCAAAUUUGUUACCGUUGUUGAAGGUGACCACAAGGUAUAUGCACGAGGCUUUUGAAUUUUAUGAAGAAACGUUGUCCAAUAGGUACCCAUAUUCUUGCUACAAACAGGUUUUUGUAGAUGAAACAUAUGACGAUUACAGGUCUUAUGCCACUAUGAGUAUUUUGAGUGUUAAUUUGCUGCAUUCUGCAGUUAUUGUAGAUCAAGUAUAUAUCACAAGAAGAGUUAUGGCUCAAGCUAUAGCAGAACAAUUUUUUGGAUGUUUUAUUUCAAUGCAAAACUGGUCGGACAUGUGGCUCAAUAAAGGUAUCAGUCAGUACUUGUGUGGUCUAUACUGUAAGAAAUCGUUUGGUAACAAUGAGUACAGGGAAUGGGUUCAGAGUAAUUUGUUUGAUGUUGUUAAAUAUGAAGAGGAUUUUGGAGGAAUUGUUCUAGAUCCAAGCCAACCACCUGCACCUUUACCAGUUGGAUCCAAUCAACCGCAAACCAUGCAGAAAACCAAUGAAGAAAAGUUCUAUUUUUCUAUCAGAAAUCUCCAUACGAUGUCGUCAAUGUAUAUAGAAGCUCUGUAUAAAAAAGCGUUCUUAGUAAUGAGAAUGUUGGAACAUAGAAUUGGUUUGGAAUUACUUCUUCAAGUAUUCAAUAAGCAACUGUCCCUAGCUACUAACGCUGCUCAACAGAAGAUAGGAAGUGGACUCUGGGGCCAUAUGUUGAUCAGUACAAAUGUAUUUACUAAAGCUAUAUUUACUGUCACUGGUAAAGAUAUGGCCGUCUUCAUUGAUCAGUGGGUCAGAACUGGAGGACAUGCAAAAUUCCAUUUGACGUCAGUUUUUAAUAGAAAAAGGAAUACAAUCGAACUGGAAAUACGACAAGAUGCAACAUCAUCCUUAGGGAUCCGGAAGUACGUUGGACCCCUCUUAGUUACCCUUCAGGAAUUAGAUGGUACCUUCAAGCAUAGUUUGCAAAUAGAGAACACGGUUGUGAAAUCGGACAUAACGUGCCAUUCAAAAAGUCGAAGGAAUAAGAAAAAGAAAAUUCCUUUGUGCACUGGCGAAGAGGUUGAUAUGGAUUUGAGUGCAAUGGAUGAUUCGCCAGUUUUAUGGAUACGUCUGGACCCGGAAAUGACCCUUCUGAGGUCAGUUGUUAUAGAACAGCCUGAUUACCAAUGGCAGUACCAACUUCGACACGAGAGAGAUGUUACAGCGCAAAUCGAAGCUAUAAUUGCUUUAGAGCGAUAUCCCACUCCUCCGACUCGUUUAGCUCUAACUGACACCAUCGAAAGUGAGCAGUGUUAUUACAAAGUUAGAUGUAGAGCGGCCAACUGUUUAACAAAGGUUGCAAAUGCAAUGGUAGCUAACUGGGCCGGUCCUCCGGCGAUGUUGGCGAUAUUCCGAAAAUUCUUCGGGUCUUUUGCAGCUCCACACAUAAUUCGACAAAACAGCUUUCAAAAUUUCCAGCACUAUUACCUUCAGAAAACUAUUCCUCUAGCAAUGGCUGGUUUACGAAACACCCUCGGCAUUUGCCCUCCUGAAGUGGUUCGCUUCUUACUAGAUUUAUUCAAGUACAACGACAACUCGAAGAACCGGCAUUCCGAUAAUUACUAUAGAGCUGCUUUGGUAGAAGCUUUAGGUAAUACCAUAACACCAGUGGUGUCCGUUGUUGCGCAGGGUACUCCUAUAACGGCUGAAAGUCUCAGCACAGAAACGAAGUUGAUCCUGGAAGAGAUCACCAGGCUGUUGAAUUUAGAAAAAGCAUUACCUUGUUAUAAAUAUACAGUGUCAGUGGCUUGUUUGAAAGCUAUUAGGAAGUUGCAGAAGUUUGGGCAUUUGCCAAGUCGGCCGACUCUGUUCAAGAGCUAUGCAGCUUAUGGUCAUUUUAUUGAUGUACGAUUAUCUGCCAUGGAAUGUUUAGCAGACUUCGUGCGAGCAGAUGGUAAAUACGAAGAUUUGCAGUAUGUGUUGGAUUUCCUUGAAAAUGAUCCAGAUCCUGGUCUCAAGCACAAAUUAGCUACCCUCUUGAUUAAGAAUCCUCCGUUUAAAAGAGCACACCGAAGUAAAGUCGACGUGCCAGAUCUUGUAGAAAGGAUAUGGUCCAAUAUAAACGGUAUGUUAUCCCACGACACAAGACUUCGUUGCGACUUGGUAGACAUUUACUAUACGCUUUACGGAACUAAACGGCCAGUUUGCCUUCCAAUUGCUGAGCUUCACGACAUCAUGAAUCCCAGCAAACAUGACGGAAGCAAGAAAAUUAAGCUACCCCCGAUUCCCAAAACGGUACCACAACCGACUGAACAAGUUAAGAUAAGGACCCCGUCUCCAACAAUACGGGAAAGUACCUCUCAGACUUUGAUAAUGGAAACAGUUGAUAUGGAUAUAGAGGUUGUGGCUGGCGAAGAGAAGAUAGUAAUUAAGGAAGAAGAAAUCAUGGAUAUAAAAAUAGAAACUUCCAUGGUCCAGAAACAGGAAUACUUCUCCGACAACUCGGUGUCUUUACCGGGUCUAGGACAAAGCGGUCCGAUCGGUUUCGAGCCGGGCAUGUUCAAAAAAGAAGAUGAGGCUAGGCACAAGAGCGAAUCACCGGGAAAAAUGAAGAAAAAGAAGAAAGAUAAGAAAAAGCAUAAACACAAACAUAAACACAAACACGAACAUAAACAUAAGGAUAAAGAAAAAAAGGAGAAGGAUCCGAAUAAGUUGAGGUUGAAAGAAGAUACUUUGAGCUCGAUGAGCUCGACUCCUAGUCCAAAUCCCAUGUCUAUAGGAAGCGCAGAAACAAUAUAACUUGCGGAAUAAGGAUGUCACGGAAAAGCGGGGAAAUUUUUUGUGACUUUAUGCGUACUUUUAUCCUCAUAGUUAAAUUGAGGAAUUCAUCUACCAAAUGUUAUGAAGUGUGGGCUUAAAAACUCUUCAAAACUGAUUGGAAUAGUGAGACAAACAUUAUAAUAGAAGAGACAAGUCGUGUUACAAGGAACUGCUCUAUAUACACAACCUGUCAAUAGAUAGCUAAUCAGCCGUGUGAUGGAUGACCGAAGUUAUCUUUAACGUAAAGUUAUCCUGUAGUUAAGUUAUAAUCCUCGAAUUGGUGUGAUGUAUCAUAUUUAACUUAACUACUUUUGUUAUUUCUUGACAGUUCUUGAGUUAUCUGAUAUAUCAACUGUCACUUUAUAACGCGACGUUAAACUUCAAGUUAUGAGAUAACUCUGUAGUUAUGUAAGGAUAUGUAAGGUACGGUUCAUCUUAUGACUUGUUUUUAGACAGAAAUCAAGUGAAUUUAAAAGCUAAUAAUUCAUUCUGUAAUAUAAUAAUUAAGAAUGUGGUUCUUUUCAUGAGCAUUUUUCAGUGCGUCACAAAUGAUAUAAAAAAAGGUUAGUCCGUGAUAAAUACACAUUUAUGACAUUUAUUCUAACAUGACAUUUUAGUUAAAUCUGACAGUUGUCACAUUUUAUUUGCAAUUUGGUAUAAAAACAAAUCAAUUUUGUUUAUUGCAUUUAUAAAAUGGUAUUUUCUUUGAUUUGUAUAGUCUUAUAAAUUGUACAGAUUAUUUUUUUUUAUAUAGAAUAGUAUAAUAUUAUUUAAUAUUAUAUUAUUAGCGCCAUCUAUUGACAACUAGAUUAAAUGUUAUUAAUGUCACCGACGAAAUGUAAUCAGCGACGUGCGUUUUUUUGUGUCACAUACAAGUUAAUGCGUUAGAGAGAAAUCGAAAAACUGUGAUGCACUGAAAAAUGCUCAUGAAAAGAACCAUAGAAGGGUAAUACAAUUUUAAAAAUUAUACAAAAAUCAAAUCGAGAGAUAUGUUGAAAUUUUAUUUUAAGUACCUACUGAGCUUUCUAUCCAGAGUUGCCAGAUGAUAUUUUAUAAAUCCCCCACAAAUUCCCUCAAAUUGAAGCUCAAGUACCCCAAAUUUAAAUUUUUGCGCAUUUUAAUAAAUUAAUAGUCAAAUAAAGAGAACAGUAAACCAAAAUUAUACUACUUAUCAACGAGGGCCCUGGAAAUAAUUAAUAAUUCCUAUCGUGUUUGAUUAUAUGAGAGUAUAAUAUACAGUUCUAUGUACAUUCGCAAAUUUAAUUUACCAUGACUCCUUAAAAUCCCCCAUAAUUUUCCGCCCCAAAAAAUCCCACUACAAUUUCUGCUUAGAAAAAUUUCCCUAGACGCUUUCAAAUUACCCCAAAAUUGUGGGAAAAUACACCAAUCUGGCAACCCUGUUUCUGUCUACCGUUUGAAACGCCACCGAACCCGAACAACUGUUUGCUGUUCGGUCAUCGCCGGUGGCCGACGAUGGGUAUUUACUUACGGUCGUCUACCCAUCCUGUAGCAUGUUCCGAACAAUCUCUCGCGCUUACUCCAACUUGUACUAUUUCUACAUAAGGUUUUCUUUGUUACGUCAAACUUUGUUCCUCAAAUGUUAUUUCUAAUAUAACGUUGAAAAAAUAACUGUCUCAUAACUGUGAAGAAUGCAUCACACCGAAUUUUACCCAAACAGUUAUGGGCAUCGUUAUACCUGAGAGUAAUCUUAACUUUAACUCAAACGUUAAAGAUAACUUCGGUCAUCCAUCACACGGCUGAAUAUUUCAAAUUUGAUGUAUAUAAAUAUUUUUUAAAUAAAAAUCACUAAGAUUCUGUCA